AUGCAGAAUAUUUUAGAAUUGUGUCUAAUAUUGGUAGUUUCGUCAACAGCGUAUUGUUCAAUACCUUUUGAUUACACUAUUCUUGGAAACAAUGUUGCACCAUUUGAAACUAAAGCAAUCAAUUUUAUACCAUUGCCUUCCCAUGGUCCAAUGAGCAGUCAAUCUUUACUCGAAGAAUUCCUCAAAUCACGAAUGCCAGCUGCUGAAUAUGGUCCGCCAAAAAAAGAUGAAAUGUUAUUUAGGCCAACAACAGAACCUGCUAAAAUGGAAUCUACUACUACAGAAAAACCAUUUACACCAGAAACGAAAUAUGCUGCAACAGAAAAAAGUGAAAUGUCUUUUAUGACCACUGAACUCCCUCCAAUGAAAAUACCAAAAGUAUAUUUGCCACCUGGAUUACCUGAAUUACCCCCAGCCCCAGAAAUACCAUCAACAACAACAACAACCACUACAGAAAGCACAUUCAUGGAGAAAAAAAUGGAUAAAGAAGAAGAAGAAGAACGUAAACCAGCAGAAGAAUAUGGUGUUCCUACAUUUGACGAAAUUUCUUUUAUGCCUCCUCCAAAAACCGAUAUGAAAGUAACAGUCAAAAAAUAUUUACCACCAGGUUUGCCUGAAUUACCUCCAGAACCAGAAUUUCCUUCAACAAUGGCAACUGAAGAUUUAUUAGAUAAAGAAACAAAUGAAAUGAAUAAACCAAAAGAAGAAUAUAGUUCUCCAACUAAAGAUGAUAUGUUAUUCAAACCUUAUCCAGAACCUAAAAUUCCAAAAGUAUAUUUGCCACCUGGAUUACCAGAUUUACCUCCAGCCCCAGAAAUAUCUUUAAUGACAACAGAAAGUUCAUAUGAAAAAGAAACACCAAAAAUGGAAGAGAUGAUUAUUAUGCCAGCUGAAGAAUACUCUGAAGAAAUGAUGCCUGAAAAAAUGAUUAUGCAAGAAAUUCCAGUCGAAAAAUUACCAGAACCAUCACUUGAUCUUCCCAAGAGAGAAAAUGAACCUGAAAGUCCUGAAAACGAAUACAGCUUUACAAAAGAUGGCAAUAAUUUUAAUUUUAAAAUCAGUGUAACGUCUAAUUCAAAUUCUUAUCCACCGUUGCCGUAUUUUUUUGCACCUCAUAAUCCACAAUUUUUCCCAUACCCUUCAGCGCCAUAUCCACCACAAAUACCCGCAAUACCAACUCCUCCUCCAUCGUAUGGGCCACCAAUAACAGAAACUAAAAUGGAACCAACUACGUUACCUCAAGCAGAAUUAAUGAGAAUGCCAGAAAUGGAAAUUAUGUCAGAAAUGAAUAAAGAUGCACCAUAUCCAGCGCCUGAAAUAAUUAUGGCAAAAACAACUUUAGAACCAGCAACAUAUCCACCAGCUACAACUGAACUACCACCUAUGAUUAUCUCUCAGGAAAUAAAACAUUAUAUACCACCAACACCAUCUAUUGGAGCUCCAUAUCCACCACCCUUACCAUAUUCAACAUACGGGCACCUGUGA